UACAUAUUAAUCAGUGCAACCAACCACCUAAGUGCAUCACAGACAACAGGACCGCAGAGAGGAGCAGACCAGAAUCAGAAGAUGGCCGAGGAGACCCAGAACCUGGUGCAGGAGGAGAUGCCAGCAGAGAAUUCGAUUACAGUUGGCAGUACAGAAACACGUACUAUAACAUGUAACAAAAGAAACGUUGUGCCUGCGCUCUCCAUCUUUGUUGCACUUCUCAUAGCUGGACAAGCAGUGUCCGUCUACUUCAUCACACAGCAGCAGGGCAAGAUCAAUGAGUUGGACACCACGACAAGGGAUAUGAAGCUGAAAGAAAUGAUAGACAAGCUUCCUGGAUCACCUCCUUCCCAAAAUCGACCAAAGCUGAGAAUGUCAACUUUCAACAUUCCUCUGGCAGUUAGGGAUGAUGAUGGAACCCAACAGAAACUGGAGAACAAGGCAAUGGCCAGCAACCACGUUGAAGAUGCAGUACAAUACAUUCUCCUGAUGGGAAACCCUCUGAGAAACUAUCCAUCUUUCAAUGGAACCAUCCUAGAAAACCUCAAAAAGUUGAGAAAGACUUUGAGCUAUCAGGAAUGGAUGCUCUUUGACAGUUGGAUGCAGCAGUGGUAUCUGUUCUACUUGGUACAGAGCUCCAAAGCUCCAGAGACAACUCCAGAACCAAAUGCAGAUAUUUCCACAGGAUCCAGUGUACCGCAGGAGAGAAACCUACCUGCUGAGUUUGAAGAACGUGGAAACUUGGUUUAUGCCUCUACCAGUUACACAACCGACUCAAUGCCCAGUUUUAUCGAUGAAAUCCCAAGUGGUGCCCCAGUGAUGACCCCGUGCCAACUGACAGCCAAAAGACAUUCCUUGCCUGGUGCCUAUGUGCCUCAAUGCGAUAGUAACGGCGACUUCACACCCAUGCAGUGCUGGCGUAGUACAGGAUACUGCUGGUGUGUCUACAGAAAUGGAACUGAAGUCGAAGGGACCCGGGCUCGGGUUAAAAUUGACUGCAGCGUCAUUAACGAGUCAAUGGAUGUAAUGCAGAAAAUGGAGGAUUAUUAAUUCAUUUAGGGUGAAAACUAAUCUCUAAGACGACAAUAACUGGUGAUUUUGCAAAGCCGCCAUCUCCGUAGUAAAGGCCUUUGGGUUCCAGCUUAAAGCACAAGCUUCGUAAUUUAGUGUCUUAUAUAAGGAGAAUAAAAUGUGUGUGUAAUGUGGGCACUAGUAUGCCAGGUCAUAAGAUUUUCCUAUAAAAAGAUUAUGAAAUCCUUA